GUCAUUCGUUACUCGAACGUUGGUCUAUGCUUGAAUGCAUAAUGCACUAUGUUAGAGGUUUUAUUCGGGAUUCUGGAUAUUAGACAUUCUAAAAAACGUGCACAUCGUAUUUUGAUAGUGGGAGAUGAUGCUUUAUCAUGUUCAACGAUUGCAGAACAUCUGUCUAGCAUAUACGAUUUUAAGACAACGUUAGUAGAGCUAGAGAGCAAUUCAUUAGAUGAACAAAGUGACAAAAUUAGUGAGCAAAGCGUUGCCUCGGGUGACAUAUAUAUAGCUAAAGUGCCACUGGAAUGUAUAUUUGCUGAAAUUAGAAGACGAAACUGGUAUAAAGGAUGUAUAUUGGACUUUUUCUCUCCACCUGGAAAUGAAUACAACAUAGAUAACGUUAAUAACAUAACAGUCAUUCCAAAUGCACAUGUGAUUAUUUACAUUACCAACUACGCUAAGCAUCGUACGGGGUUCAACAGUGCGUCGGAAUUCUUCUUGUUGAACAAGGACUCCAUGGCUUGCAAGAUGUUGAUUAUGGAUACAAGCAACAUCUGCGAUGAUAUAGCAGUGGAUGUCGAGCACGAGUUAGCUAAAUUCAUUGAAACAUAUGAUAAUAUAUUAAUAUACAAGACCAACAUCUCCGAUGAACAACGCAUUGAUAUAUUAUCAGGUCUGAUUCUGGAUGAAAUAGUAUAUUACUUGGGCAUUAUAGACCCUGCUUAGCAGACCUCUAUCAGCAUUGCUAUCGCAUCACCCGAC